AUGAAGGCUACAUUCGCUACUCUUACCCUCAUUUCUGCGCUGGCCGUUGUCGCGCAGCCCACGGCCGACGUUGGGACAGCAAACACGCCGGAGCUGUCUGCCGAGGCCAACGGCCUGGAGCCACGAGCUUGGACCUGGAAGAAGGAGCGCCAGAUCAGCCAAAAGGAGUUUUUGCCGGACCUUUGCUACGAGCGCAAGACCGUUUUGACAGAGUGCAACCACAUUUACGACUCGUGCAGAAAAUUCGGCGGGCCGCUGCCGCGAAAGUAUCAGUCCGGCAAGGAGGUGGUGCGCUUUGAGAACUGCCUGCAGAACAAGUUUUGCCACAGCAAGGUUCUGAGGAAGAACAUGACCAAAUGGCAGAAGGUCACUUGGUUCUUCAAGUGCUAG